CCACCAUCUCGAAGUCCUAACCGCAACACACCGCAUCGACGUCUCACACCACGAGCAUCUCAGCCCGCAGCUGCUCCACUGCCCAGCAUGUCUUCUCCCGGCCGCGGCGACGCCGACAUGCCCGAGGACGCCCGCACGCCGGCCGCCUCGGCGCAGACGCCCGCCUCGUCGGCCGCACGCACGCCCGGCGCCUUUUCCAGCCCGCUGCAGUUCCCGUCCAGCAGCCCGGCGAAGAGCACGGCCAGCACGGCACGGCCAUCGGGCUCGCAGCGUGCGCCUGCAUCGUCGCGCAACGGCCAGAGCUCGCCUCUGCACUUGCCCUCGUCGUCCGAGGCCGGCACGCCCCGUGCCAGCGCUCGUGCUGCCACCGGUGCUGCGGCGCGUGCGCAGGGUCGCAGCGGCGCCGGCCGCGGCGUGCCCUCGAGCAGCCUGCGCAGCGACGCCUCGUCAGACUUCCGUGGCGGCGGUGCCCGCGGCCUCUUCUUCGACGAGUCGCCGCGCAGCAACCUCUCGACGCCGCGCGCACGGCGUGGUGAGAUCCACUCGUCUGCGAUCCUGGCCUCGCCUUCGGUCGUGCGCACAGCGCGCAUGCCGGUGCGCAACGCAGGUGCCGCUUCGGCGCCUGGCUCAGACGUCAGCAUGCACGCCAACUCCGACUUCACGCUGUCGCAAGCCGCUCCGACAACAGACGACGCAGCGCCGCCCGCGCAGGACGGCGAGCACAAGGUCAUCUGGGGCACCGGCGUGGGCAUCAGCGAGACGCUCACGGCGUGCCAGGAGUUCCUGCGGGGCUUCCGCCUCAAGUACCGCUGGGCAGCGGCAGCCGUGGCAGACAAGCAGGGCGACAGGUCGCGGCACAUUCCCGAGGGGCGCACGGCCGAGCAGGGCGAGGCGCUCGUCUACCAGGGCUACAUGCGGCGGAUGCGCCUAACCGACCAGACGUCGCUCAACGUGCGUGUGUCCGACCUGGCUGCUUUCGGCCCGUCGCGCAAGCUGGCGCAUUGGAUCAUUAAGUAUCCCAGCGAGGUCGUCGCGAUCUUCGACACGGUGCUCAAGGACGAGAUGCUGGCGCUGGCCGAGCUCGACGAGCGCAGUGCGCGCGACGGCAUGGACGGCGGCGCCGACAUCGACAUUGAGCGCAUGCAGGGCAUGACGUACAAGGUGCGGCCGUUCGGCCACGACACGGUCAACAUGCGCGACCUCAAUCCGGGCGACAUCGACAAGCUCGUGACCGUGCGUGGCCUCGUGAUCCGCUGCACGCCGAUCAUCCCGGACAUGCGCAACGCGUUCUUCCGCUGCCUGGCGUGCAACCACACCAUGUCCGUCGAGCUGGACCGCGGGCGCAUCGCCGAGCCGGACCGCUGCCCGCGCGACGUGUGCGGCCAGCAGGGCACCAUCGCGCUCAUCCACAACCGCUGCGAGUUCGCCGACCGGCAGGUGAUCCGCCUGCAGGAGACGCCCGACGCCGUGCCCGACGGCCAGACGCCGCACACCGUCACGCUCUGCGCGUACGACGAGCUGGUGGACGUCUCGAAGCCGGGCGACCGCGUCGAGAUCACCGGCAUCUUCCGCUCGCAGGCCGUGCGCGUGAACCCGCGCGCACGCACGCAGAAGAGCCUGUACAAGACGUUCCUCGACGUCAUCCACGUCAAGCGCGGCAACGCUCGCCGCCUCGGCGUCGAUGCCAGCACGCGCGACGAGAACGAGCGCGGCGACGGCCGCGGUGCCCAGUCGCUGGGCGUUGGUGGCGAGGAGGACGACGAUGAGGACCUGGACACGCGCACGAGCGGCGCCUUUGACAUUCCCACACGGCGCCAGACCACCGCCGGCGGCUCGCAGGGCGUCAGUGCCGCCGAGGAGCUGCAGGCCAAGCUGCGGAGCAUCGCCGAGCGGCCCGACUGCUACGAGCUGCUGGCGCGCUCGCUGGCGCCGUCCAUCUACGAGAUGGACGACGUGAAGAAGGGCAUCCUGCUGCAGCUCUUCGGCGGCACCAACAAGACGAUCAGCUCCGGCGGCGGCCAGGGCGGCCCGCGCUACCGUGGCGACAUCAACGUGCUGAUGGUCGGCGACCCGGGAACGUCCAAGUCGCAGCUGCUGAUGUACGUGCACAAGAUCGCGCCGCGCGGCGUGUACGCCAGCGGCAAGGGCUCGAGUGCCGUGGGUCUCACGGCCUACGUGACGCGCGACCCGGACUCGAAGCAGCUGGUGCUGGAGAGUGGUGCUCUUGUGCUGUCCGACGGCGGCGUGUGCUGCAUCGACGAGUUCGACAAGAUGUCGGAUGCGACGCGCAGUGUGCUGCACGAAGUCAUGGAGCAGCAGACCGUCUCGAUUGCCAAGGCCGGCAUCAUCACGACGCUCAACGCACGCACGUCGGUGCUGGCUGCCGCCAACCCCGUCGGCUCGAAGUACAACGUCAAGCUGCCGAUCACGCGCAACAUCGACCUGCCGCCCACGCUCAUCAGUCGUUUCGACCUCGUCUAUCUCGUGCUGGACAAGGUCGACGAGGCGUCUGACCGGCGUCUCGCACGGCACUUGGUCGGUCUCUACCUCGAGGACGCGCCAAGCACUGGCGGCUCCGACAUUCUGCCCAUCGAGACGCUCACCGCCUACAUUGGCUACGUGCGCAACCACGUGCAGCCCGUGCUCACCGAGGCGGCCGGUUCGGCGCUGGCGGAGCGCUACGUGGCGCUGCGCAAGGCCGGCGAGGACCCGCGCAGUGCCGAGCGCCGCAUCACCGCCACGACGCGCCAGCUGGAGAGCAUGAUCCGUCUCUCCGAGGCGCACGCUCGCAUGCGCUGGAGCGAGACGGUCGACGUUGAGGAUGUCGAGGAGGCGUGUCGCCUCAUCGCUGAGGCGACCAAGAGCUCAGCCACGGACCCCACGACGGGCCUCAUCGAUCUCGACCUCGUCAACACUGGCCGAGGCCUCGCAGGCCGCAAGAUGGCGGGCGACCUGCGCCGCGAGACGCUGGCGCUGCUCGAGUCGAUGGGCGGCGGCUCCGCAGACGGCAGUGUGCCGCCUCGCGCCGUGCGCUACGCCGAUGUCGCAAAGGCACUGGCGGACCAGAGCACGUACGGCGCCGUCGACCCGACGGAACUGUACGACCUCAUGCGCGCCCUGGACACUGAGGGCCUUGUCAAGCUUGCGGGCACGGGCGAGCGACGCACGGUGCGGCGCAUUCUCUAGCCGCGAGCGUCCCCCUCUCUGUCCACGUCUCCCUGGCUUGCUCUCCGCGUCACGUUCCUUCCUCUUCCCGCGCCCGCUGCAUGCGACUUGGGCGGCGCGAUGUGCCACUGCCUGUCCUUGCUCUUGAUGUACCGUUUCCGUCGUCUGCCCGAGGCUUUGCUAUGUUAUCUCAUUCACCUGCG